UCAGUUGCCGCGAUGGUGGAGUUGCGCGAAGGCAAGAUGGCGGAGCUCGAGGUGUCCGUCCCCCUUGCUAAGUUCGACACGGACGAGUGGGCCGAAUUUUCGGAUUUCCAAUCGUCCCAAGACACAAACUGUAACCCGACGACGCCCAACACGACCGGCACGACCCCGGAGAAGAACGACAAUGACUUCCUCGACAACAUGUCAGACACGACGGAAAACUUCAAGGAUACGUUCUCCACCUCCCUCGAGGACCUCGUUAACUGCUUCGACGACAAGAUCACCAAGUGCUUCUGUAACUACGAGGACAAAGUGGAGAAGUACGCGCCCGUGCAAGUCAGGACGCAGGAGGAGAUCAUGAACGACUGCCAG